AUGGUCUAUGGAUAUCCCACUCCGAUCAAUGCUUUCAACGACCGACAAGCGCUGCUGGCGAGAAGACCAAGCAAUUAUCCCGAAGAUGUCGCAUACAAAGAGAUGCACCGGGCUCUGAUGAGCUACACCAAGAAGUACUGGCCGGAGGAAUACGCCAAAGUCCCCCAGGAUGGCCAAUACUACUGGCCGGAGAUCAUUAUGGACGAUAGUCCGGACCCAGUGGACGAGGACCUCGGCGUCAACACCGGUUGCAAAACCGGCUCAGAUCCUCUGGUGGGUGACGGUCCUGAUACUGCAAGAGAGGGAUCGAGCGACAAAGCCGUCAUGCCCUCGGCGUAG